AGAGCACUCCCUGCGGUCCGUUCGCCAGCUCCCUGUGAGACCCCUUGAGGAGGGUCCCAGUUGCACCCAGACCCUCUGAGCUGGCCAAGGACAGUUUCAGGCCUCCCAAGACAGGCGGGGCUGCUCCUCCUCCUGGCCUGGGAGCCAGGCGGGCCUCAGCAGGCCCUCCACCCCGCCCUCGGGGAUUGGCAGUGGCCCCGAAAGUCGAGAGGAGCACCCGGCGCAGGCUGCAAGGCUCCCGGUGCCCCCCGAACCUGCCAAGCAGGACAGCGGCCAUCCCUGUCUGGUCUCUCCGCACAGCAGGAGGCCAGCCCCCCAGAGCGGGAACAGCUUCCACGUGCUGGACCAGGGCCAGUUCGCCAAGGAGGUGCUGCCCAAGUACUUCAAGCACAGCAACAUGGCCAGCUUUGUGCGGCAGCUCAACAUGUAUGGCUUCCGGAAGGUGGUCCACAUUGAGCAGGGUGGUCUGGUCAAGCCAGAGAGGGAUGACACGGAGUUCCAGCACCCGUGCUUCCUGCGCGGCCAGGAGCAGCUCCUCGAGAACAUCAAGAGGAAAGUGACCAGCGUGUCCACCCUGAGGAGCGAGGACGUGAAAAUUCACCAGGACAGUGUCACCAAGCUGCUGACGGAUGUGCAGCUGAUGAAGGGGAAGCAGGAGAGUAUGGACUCCAAGCUGCUGGCCAUGAAGCACGAGAACGAGGCCUUGUGGCGGGAGGUGGCCAGCCUGCGGCAGAAGCACGCGCAGCAGCAGAAAGUCGUCAACAAGCUCAUCCAGUUCCUCAUCUCACUGGUGCAGUCAAACCGGAUCCUGGGGGUGAAGAGAAAGAUCCCCCUGAUGCUGAACGACGGCAGCUCCGCACAUUCCAUGCCCAAGUACGGCCGGCAGUACUCGCUGGAGCCCAUCCACGGCUCGGGCCCCUACUCGGCUCCGUCCCCGGCCUACAGCGGCUCCAGCCUCUACUCCCCAGACCCUGUUGCCAGCUCCGGACCUAUCAUCUCCGACAUCACCGAGCUGGCGCCCGGCAGCCCCUUGGCCUCCGUGGGCAGGAGCGUAGACGAGAGGCCCCUAUCUAGCAGCCCCCUGGUUCGAGUGAAGGAGGAGCCCCCCAGCCCCCCCCUGAGCCCCCGGGCAGAGGAUGCCAGUCCCGGCCGACCGUCCUCCGUGGUGGAGACACCCCUGUCCCCGACCGCCCUCAUUGACUCCAUCCUGCGGGAGAGCGAGCCUGCGCCUGCUGCCUCAGCCGCACCCCUUGCGGACGCCGGGGGCCGCACCCCCUCGCCCCCGCCCACCUCGGCCCCCGAGAAGUGCCUCAGCGUGGCCUGCCUGGACAAUUUGGCUCGCGCUCCACAGAUGUCUGGGGUCGCCCGCCUCUUCCCCUGCCCCUCCUCCUCUCUGCAUGGCCGAGUCCAGCCAGGGACUGAGCUCAGUGACCACUUGGACGCCAUGGACUCCAACCUCGACAACCUGCAGACCAUGCUGACCAGCCACGGCUUCAGCGUGGACACCAGCACCCUGCUGGACCUGUUCAGCCCCUCGGUGACCGUGCCCGACAUGAGCCUGCCCGACCUUGACAACAGCCUGGCCAGCAUCCAGGAGCUCCUCUCUCCCCAGGAGCCACCCAGGCCUCUUGAGGCAGAGCACAGCAGCCCUGACUCAGGGAAGCAGCUGGUGCACUACACGGCCCAGCCCCUGCUCCUGCUGGACCCGGGCUCCGUGGACGUGGGGGGCAGCGACCUGCCGGUGCUCUUCGAGCUGGGGGAGGGCUCCUACUUCUCCGAGGGGGACGACUACGCAGAAGACCCCACCAUCUCCCUGCUCACGGGCUCUGAGCCCCCCAAAGCCAAGGACCCCACUGUCUCCUAGAUGCCCCGGGAGGAGGGCUGUCCGGUGCCCUCCCCGACCCUCCCUGUGCAGGGCUGGUCUCAAGAACCUGGUACCAGGCCGGCUGGGUGGGCGUGGCCUCCAGUCAGCACCGAGGGCCCGGCCCCGCGAUCCGUGGCUUGCUGGGGCCUCCGUGGCCGCACUCGGACGGACCCGUACGCGGGUGUUCAUAGAAUUGUAUUUUGGAUUUUUACACGAGAGUCCCCCUUUCCCCUCGCGUAGAGAUAUACAGGCAUACACAUGGACGGACGGACAGACGAGACAGGCAGAGAUCUAUAAACGACGGGCUCUG